UUUAGUUAAAAUUUUAAUUUUCUGCCUGUUGUGCUGUUGUCAGGUAAAAACUCUGCACUGCAUUUGAAUUUAAAUCUGCCAUCGCUAUUGGCUAAGAGGUACCCUAGAAUGUUAGCUGGUACCAUAUGAUGUCACAAUGUCGUUGUGAGCCUGUGUGUGUAUUUGUUUGCGGCUCCGCCCUCUUGGUCUGCUAUAGGCAACAUCAUUUGUUGCAUUUUUCAAACAGGAAGUGGGAGCGGAGUAAUACUCUGGUAGGGGGUGACUUGCUCUUUAUAGAGGUAACGGCAUUUGUUGUAUUUUUCUUUAAAGAGCCAACGUUCUAGGGUACCUCUUAGCCAAUAGCGAUGGCAGAUUUAAAUUUAAAUGCAGUGCAGAGUUUUUACCUGACAAAGGCACAACACUGACAGUUUUAGGCAGAAAAUAAAAAAUUUUAACUAAAGUGCAAAACUAUUGACUACAUGUGUCUGCAGCACGAUUAGACACGCAUUUAUAUAGUUUAUCAGAAAAAAGUUGAUUUGGAGGUGACUUGCUCUUUAAAAUGACAUGAACAGUAUCUUAAUUGCAGAAUAUUUUGCAUAAAUAAGAUUUGUAUUCUAAAUGUGCUCUUGUCACAAUUUCCCAAAUUCAACAAGUGCACCCAAAUGAUGUUUUCCCUCUUAGAAAACACAAACAUUGUUCAUUGCUUGUUGAAAUUAAACCAUAUGACCUAAUCAUUCAUUUAGAUGGGGACUCUAUGUUUUCAUGUAACUUUCGAGAUACCUUUUCAAUUAACUACACUGGGAACAAAAGUUUAAUUAGAAAUGUAUUUGCUUGUUUUUUCUGACUGAAUGUGAUUUUUUUUUGCAAUUUCUCCAAUUAUAAACAAGAUGAUAUGUACAAACUUGCACAAAGUACUCAGUGUUUGUACAUAUUUAUGCUACCAUGAAUGUGUGUCUUUUUUAUGACUUCAUAAGCAUGAAUUAAAUGAUAUUAAGCCUUUUCUCAGUUUUAGAAUAAGUGCAAUGUGCAGAAUAAACAAAAAAUUGGUUCAUGUUAAACUAUGCACACAAAUGAUUUAGCAUUGCUUAAAAAUAUAUAUUAGCUGUCUGAUGAUUAAAUUUGGGACCUACUGUCCUUAAUAGUUACAGUAAUUGAUAUUUAUGGGACCAAACAAGUAAUUAGAAUUUUACAAUCAAAAUGAAUUUUUUUGGUUUAAUAAUAUCCAGUAUGAAAUCAAUCUGAAUGCAUUUAUAUAUUUGAAAUUCUAAAUUUAUUUUAUCGUCAAAUUCGUGUAAUUUUUGUGUAAAAUGGUUUGUGAAAAAUGAAGACGUUGAGGAGGACAAUUACUUGCAUGUUGCGUGACCGCCCCCAAUGGUUCAGAGCGGUAGUGUUUUUACGCAGGGCGUGAUUGUGCGGCCCCUCCCCCUCCACAGUCGAUCUGGAAAAAAAAACUUUUUUGUAUCGAAGGAAUCAACAGCCGCCAUCUUGUCGUGGCUCGGAAUUGGGAUUUCGAUCCAACACUGGGUUUUAUGUUAAAAUAGAGCAUCCUUACCGGGCGAUGACAGCGAACUUCUGUCAAAAACGGAACCUUAACGUCGCUUCCGAUACAUUUUGUGCGAAAAAACUGGAUAUGGAUCGGUGGUCGUCGGGUAGAAUAGCUCCGUAUAUCUGAUUUCCCCUUGAGUGCGGCGAUUUUCAGCCCCCUGUCGCCGUCCGGGAGCAGUAUUGUUUACCGUGGGCAAGCGGAGAUCAGCUCGUGACUUUCGAGGUGAUUUGCAAAAAUUCUGCAUUUUUGUGCAAUUGUGCAUUUUUGUGGAGCUUCGCGCGAUUUUUGCAUGAAGAAAUUUGACGUCACGCAAAAUGGUUACUUUGAACAUUUAGAAAUUACGACUUUAUCCCCGGAAUGCAGAAAUUCACCUGAAUAUUCCAGAUCGACACCUUAAAGCUCGGUUUUUACAUGGGGACCCUUUUAUUUCGGGUUAUUUAAUGAUAAUAAUGUGGGUGUUGGGUGUUGGAUUAUCAUGGGGUGAAUGGCGGUGGCGAAGCGGGGCGCUAUUGCAUCUCUUUUGAAAGACGCUGACUCUUAACAGCAAGGAGUUGCUAACAGUUAACUGAGCUGGUAGCAGGCAAUUAGCCAGUUAGCUAACGUUAGCAGGCAGCCAGCUUGCUAAUGUGCUAACCGGGAAGUCUUGGGCUGAUACAUCUACAUUUCCUAUCAUAAGAUAGUUAAACUUGACAACUGAAAGAUCAGUUUGACUGGAAAGCAACAAUGGCUGAAAACCUACUGGAUAUCGGACCUCCCAGCUCCAAGCGGCCGAAGCUGAAUUCACCUGCCCUAUCAGCGUCUGAUGGACAAGAUUUGGGCUCUCUGCCAUGGGAUGAUUUGGAGAACGACCUUCCAGAUGAGUUGAUUCCUAAUGGAGGUGAUAUGAGCCUAAUGGGCGGGAUUCCUUCGAAUGGCGGUGGAACACCUGGAGCUGGUGGUCCAGGCAGCACCCCAACAUCUCUUAGUGAUGGAGGCGCCUCUGGUGUCCCAGAUGCAGCUGCCAAGCAUAAACAGCUCUCAGAGCUUCUUCGAGCUCGUAGCACACCCAGUAUCACAGGUACUGGGCUCAACUCGGCAAGCCCUCAACCUGGCAGCAUGGGUCAGCUGGGAACUCCACUGGGCAAGAGCCCCCUCGGUCAGGCCUCUCCAAACAGCCACUCUUCCCCCCAGUCCCAAAAGCCGGGAACACCAACUGGUGUAUCAGUGCAGAACAGUAACAGUAAUACUACAGCUUUGGGUUUUAACCCUAUGAUGAACAACAGCCAGGGCCAUACUGGACUGCUAGCACAGGGGGGACAGCCUCAGCCUGGGCAGGUAAUGAACGGUGGUCUUGUACCUGGAGGUGGGAGAGGACGUGGUGCUGGAGUGGCAGGUAUGCAGUAUCAAGGACCGAAUCUACAGGGAAACACACCAGGACCAGGAGGAUCUGGGAAUGUGUUGGUAGAUGCCCCAGGUGGGCAGCAGAUGGGAUCUCAUACCACCCUUGGUGCUGCCCAGCAAGCAGGCAAUAUGAGCAAGAUGGGUCUGGGUACAAACGGGAAUCCGUUUGGGACUCAGCCUUAUGGUCAGGGUGCUGCGGGACCGGGACAGCAACUGAACCCCCAGCAGCAGCUCCAGAACAAGGCUGCCCUCUCCAACAGCCUGCCACCAUUCCCUAAUGAGCUCAAAGGAGCUGCUGUUACUAACGUCCCAAACAUGCAGCUUCAGCAGCAGGCAGCGAUGCUCCCACUAGCCAACAGCGGGGGUGUGGCGGUCCCUUCGGCGGGGCCAACAGCUGACCCCGAGAAGCGCAAACUGAUCCAGCAGCAGCUGGUACUGCUGCUCCAUGCACACAAGUGCCAGCGACGAGAGCAGGCUAACGGGGAAGUGAGGGCCUGCGCCCUGCCUCACUGCCGCACCAUGAAGAACGUCCUCAACCACAUGACCCACUGUCAGGCUGGCAAAUCCUGCCAGGUGGCUCACUGUGCGUCAUCCAGACAGAUCAUCUCUCACUGGAAAAAUUGCACACGGCACGACUGUCCUGUCUGCCUGCCGUUAAAGAAUGCUAGCGACAAACGCACGCAGCAACCUAUGCUGAACUCCCCGAAUGCCAGCCUCCAGAACCCGAUGUCAUCUGUUGGAAUGGGCCAGCCCAGCACACCCACUAUCAAUACCUCAGCCCCCAUAGACCCCAGCUCCAUGCAGAGGGCUUAUGCAGCUCUUGGGCUGCCCUACAGCAGCCAGGCCACAGGUCAGGCUACAGCCCAGCAGGCCCCUGGUCAAACGGCAGGUGCUCCCAACUCCCAGGGCCAGCAGCAGCCUCCACAGCAGAUGAGAGCCAUCGGUAACCAGAUGGCUCUGGGAAGUGGGACGAUGGGUGUGGCCACCUCUGAUCAGACAAACCUCCACACAGACUCCCUUCCCAACACGCUCAACACUAACAACUCCAGUCAGCUGCUGUCAGACGGAUCAGCUGUGGGAAACCUGCCCACAGCAGCUCCCAUCUCUGCCACAGGCUCCAGGAAGGCCUGGCACGAGCACGUCACUCAGGACCUGCGCAAUCACCUCGUACACAAACUAGUACAAGCCAUAUUCCCCACCCCUGAUCCGGCAGCUUUGAAGGACAGACGAAUGGAAAAUCUGGUGGCCUACGCCAGAAAGGUGGAGGGGGACAUGUACGAGUCGGCUAGCAGCCGGGAUGAGUACUAUCACUUCCUGGCUGAGAAAAUCUACAAAAUCCAAAAGGAGCUGGAAGAGAAAAGACGAUCGAGGAUGCAGAAGCAGAUCAUUAGCCAGGCACCCAUGGCUAACCAGGCCCAGCAACCAGGCCUUCCCCAGCCUAACGCCUUGGGCCCGCGACCACAGAAUGGACCCGUUUCCUUACCAAACAUGCCAAAUCAGAUCAUGAGUCGCAUGCAGGCUCCACAGGGAAUUAAUCAGUUCAACCAAAUGACUCUGCCCAACGCUCAGAUGUCCCAGGCUCCUAUGGGAGCCCGAGCUGCUUCUCCUAUGAACCACCCACAGCAGCUGAACAUCAGCUCUGUCCCAGUGGUGGGAAUGUCACCCUCUAGGAUGCCCCAGGCACAGGGGAUGAUGCCCGGUCAUAGCAGCCUGGUGGCCCAGACAGCCAGUCAGGGACAGUUUAUGCCUCAGACCCAGUUUGCUCCUGGAUCGGGUGCUGUUGCUGUUUCGAGUGCCAUGAAUGUCACCGUGGGGCCCGGCAUGGGCCAGCCAGCGGCUCAGGCUGCUGUCAGCCAGCAGCAGCAACAGAACGCUAACCUCCCCCUGAAUUCUCUCGGGCCCCCACUGGGCCCUCAGCUAGCCUCCUCCCAAACCCCCUUGCACUCCACGCCUCCACCUACCGCCUCAUCCGUCUCCACGACUGGGGUGGCCACUAACCUGCCACACCCCCAGCCCUCCAGUCGCAGCUCCACCCCCACCCUUCCCGGCCCUGUCCCAGCCCAAGCCCAGGGUGCCACCCCACCCUGCCCCUCUCAGCCCCAACCCCAGGUGGAGCUCCCUGCAGCAGCACAGACGCAGCCCCCGCCUCAGCCCCCCACCACACCGCUUUCUCAACCAGGAGCCAGUUUAGAUAACCGGGUGCCCACGCCGGCCUCAGCAGCCAGCGCUGACGUGCACUCUCAGCACAUCGGAGCGGACCUGCCGGCCCAGGAGGUCAAAACGGAAACGCAUACAGACCAGCAGGAGUUUGAAGCUGCUGGUGGGAAAACUGAGCCCAAAACAGAGACUGAGGACGCCUCUUCAUCCAUUUUGGUGAAGAAGGACGAGCCUGAGGAGAAGCCGGAACCAAUGGAGGUGGAAGAAAAAAAGCCGAAAAUAAAGACGGAACCCAAAGAGGACGAGGAGAGUGGAUCCAACACCUCGACAUCUGCAUCCCCCUCUCAGUCACGGAGGAAAAUCUUCAAGCCAGAGGAGCUGCGUCAGGCUCUGAUGCCAACACUCGAGUCUCUUUACAGGCAGGACCCAGAGUCUCUGCCGUUCCGACAGCCGGUGGAUCCCAUGCUCCUGGGCAUCCCAGACUACUUUGACAUAGUUAAGAACCCGAUAGAUCUCUCCACUAUAAAGAGGAAGCUAGACACAGGACAGUACCAAGAGCCUUGGCAGUAUGUGGACGACGUGUGGCUGAUGUUCAACAACGCCUGGCUCUAUAACCGCAAGACUUCCCGAGUCUACAAGUACUGCUCCAAGCUGGCAGAGGUGUUUGAGUCAGAGAUUGAUCCUGUCAUGCAGGGUCUGGGCUACUGCUGUGGGAGGAAGUACGAGUUCUCCCCUCAAACGCUCUGCUGCUACGGCAAACAGCUCUGUACCAUACCUACUGGAGGCACUUACUACAGCUACCAGAACAGGUAUCAUUUUUGUGAAAAAUGCUUCAAUGAGAUCCAGGGAGACAGCGUGACUUUAGGAGAUGAUCCUGCACAGCCACAAACCAUGAUUUCAAAAGACCAGUUUGAUCGUAAGAAGAACGACGUUCUUGACCCUGAACCAUUUGUUGAAUGUAAAGACUGUGGACGCAAGAUGCACCAGAUAUGCGUUUUACACUACGAGGUUAUUUGGCCGUCUGGAUUUAUCUGUGACAGUUGUUUGAAGAAAAGUGGAAAAUCACGAAAGGAGAACAAGUUCACAGCAAAAAGGCUGCAGUCCACCCGACUGGGAAUGUACAUAGAGGACCGUGUGAAUAAAUACUUGAAGAGACAGAACCAUCCGGAAGCCGGAGAAGUGUUUGUGCGAGUGGUGGCGAGCUCAGACAAAACGGUGGAGGUCAAACCCGGCAUGAAAGCGAGGUUUGUGGACACGGGCGAAAUGCCUGAAACCUUCCCCUACAGAACCAAAGCACUUUUUGCAUUUGAGGAAAUCGACGGAGUGGAUGUGUGCUUCUUUGGCAUGCACGUGCAGGAGUAUGGCUCUGAAUGCCCAUUUCCUAACACUAGGCGGGUCUACAUAUCAUACCUCGACAGUAUUCACUUCUUCAGACCUCGGAUCCUACGAACAGCAGUGUACCACGAGAUCCUCAUCGGCUACCUUGAAUAUGUCAAAAAACUUGGCUACACUCAGGGCCACAUCUGGGCGUGCCCACCCAGUGAAGGAGACGACUACAUCUUCCACUGCCAUCCUCCCGAGCAGAAGAUCCCCAAACCCAAGAGACUACAGGAGUGGUACCGGAAGAUGUUGGACAAAGCUUUUGCUGAGAGGAUCUUACACGACUACAAGGACAUCUUCAAACAGGCGACCGAAGACCGAUUGACCAGCGCCAACGAGCUGCCGUACUUCGAGGGCGACUUCUGGCCCAACGUGUUGGAGGAGAGCAUUAAGGAGCUGGAGCAGGAGGAAGAGGAGAGGAAAAAAGAGGAGAACACAGCUUCUUCUGAAACCCCAGAGGGCACACCGAGCGACAGCAAAAAUGCUAAGAAGAAAAAUAACAAGAAGACCAAUAAAAACAAGAGCAGUGUGAGCCGAGCCAACAAGAAGAAGCCUGGGAUGCCGAAUGUAGCCAACGAUUUGUCCCAGAAGUUAUACGCCACCAUGGAGAAGCACAAAGAGGUAUUCUUCGUGAUCCACCUUCACUCUGGACCCAUGGCCAACACCUUGCCGCCCAUCGUUGAUCCUGACCCGUUGAUCUCCUGCGACCUGAUGGACGGUCGCGACGCCUUCCUGACUCUGGCCAGGGACAAACACUGGGAGUUCAGCUCCCUCCGGAGGUGCAAGUGGAGCGCUAUGUGCAUGCUGGUGGAGCUUCACAACCAGGGACAGGAUCGCUUUGUUUACACUUGUAACGAGUGCAAGCACCAUGUGGAGACACGCUGGCACUGCACUGUGUGUGAGGACUUUGAUCUUUGCAUUAAUUGCUAUAACUCAAAGGGCCACGAGCACCAGAUGGUGAAGUGGGGUCUUGGCUUGGACGAUGAUAGUAACAGCCAGAGUGGAGAGGCCUCCAAGAGCCCACAGGAGAGUAGGCGUUUAAGUAUUCAGCGAUGCAUCCAGUCUCUGGUCCACGCCUGUCAGUGCCGCAAUGCUAACUGCUCUCUGCCGUCCUGCCAGAAAAUGAAACGAGUGGUGCAGCACACCAAGGGCUGCAAGCGCAAAACCAACGGCGGCUGUCCUGUUUGCAAGCAGCUCAUUGCUCUGUGUUGUUAUCAUGCAAAGCACUGUCAGGAGAACAAGUGUCCGGUCCCGUUCUGCCUGAACAUCAAGCAAAAGCUUCGCCAGCAGCAGCUGCAGCACCGACUCCAGCAGGCCCAGUUAAUGAGGAGAAGGAUGGCCACCAUGCAGGGCAGAACCGUGCCACUACCGUCCCCACCGCCCUCCGCUGCCCCCAGCACUCCCACUUCCCACACCCAGCCUAACACUCCUCAAACGCCGCAGCAGCCGCUCUCCAAUCAGCCGCAGACCCCCAACUCAGCAGGUGUCAUGUCCCCCUCAUUUCCCAAUGCGCCCCGUGCCGGCCAGCCUCAAGCACAGGUCCCCCAGGGCAAACCCGGACCCCAGGCCUCCCCUCUACACCAGCAGCAGUCUCCCCUCCCCCAGCAGCCCCAGCCACCCCAGCCGCGGCAGCAGCAAGCUCCCCUUGCCGCCAUCAAGAUGGCACACCACAUUGAGAUGAUGGCACAGGCCCAACAGAACCAGCAGAACUACAGGUUCGCUACCAACGGUGGCUUGCCCAUUAACCCCCAGCAGCCUCAGCAGCGCAUGGCCGGACCAAUGCAGCCCACAAUGCAGAUGGUACCGCGUGGUCCGCAGGUAGUGGCCCAGGGACAGUGGCCUGCAACUGCAGGUCCUAUGCAGGCAGCUCAGACUCGACAACCAGGCCUAGUCCAGGGUCAGAACCCCCAGCAGGCCAUGACCAUGCAGCGAGCUAUAAUUGUGCCUGGGCAGCAAACGCAGCAAGCCCAGAGGAUGUUAAUACCACAGCAACCUGGCUGCCGGCCACAAACACCCCAGAGACCUAGUACUAUACCCCCAAACGCCCUUCAGGACCUUCUCCGCACCCUAAAAUCCCCAAGCUCACCUCAGCAGCAGCAGCAAGUCCUCAACAUCCUCAAGUCAAAUCCUCAGCUAAUGGCUGCUUUUAUCAAACAGAGAACAGCCAAGUACCACGCCAACCAGCCGCAGCAGCAGCAGCCACAGGUGGGUCAGCAGCAGCAACAGCAGCCAGGCAUGCAACCCCUGCAGACCAUGGCUAUGCCUGGAGCACCAGUGCAGAGGCCUGGGAUACCUCCACAGCAGCCACAGCAACCUCCUGUGCAGGGGAUGGCUUCAAUGGGGACUCCAGGGCAGCUGAUGAAUACGGCACAUGCUACUCCACAGCAGAUCCAGGAGCUCUAUCGCCGGCAGCUGUUACGACAGCAGCAGCAGCAGCAGCAACAACAGCAGCCUCAGCAGCAGCAGCAGCAACAAGGAGUGAUGCCUCAGAGCCACCUGGGCCAGUUCCCUGCUCAGGCGCAGGGGACACCAGCCAUGUUCACCCACCUCCGCAUGCAGCAGCAACAACAACAGCAGCAGCAGCUAGCCAUGCAGGCUGGUGCAACAGCAACAGGGGUACAGAUGGGCCAGCUUCCACCCAUGACUCAAAUGGCUCAGCCUGGCAUGGGGAUGGACGCCACCCAGAACUUACUGCAUCAGCGGCUGCUUCAGCAGCAGCAGCAGCAGCAGCAAGCCCAGCUUCCCCCGCAGCAGCAGCAAGCUGUCCUUAAGCAGCAGAUGGGUUCUCCUGCCCAGCCAAGCCCCAUGAGUCCCCAGACCCACCUCCUGGCAGGCCAAGCUCAGGGUGCAGCUCACCUCCCCAACCAGCCUGGACUCGCCAACGCCUUGGGCAGCCAGGUCCGCUCCCCCGCACCGGUCCAGUCCCCAUGUCCGCCCACGCAACCACAGCCACCACAUUCCAGCCCGUCGCCGCAAAUCCAGAUCCAACCCCAACCCUCACCUCAGCACCCGACUCCGCAUCAUUCGGGUUCCCCCCACCCAGGUCUCGGUGGGCCGCUCCAGUCCAUGGAGCAGGCACACUUGGGAACACCAGAACAAAGCGCCAUGCUCCCACAGCUGAACACACCCAACAGAGGGGGGCUGAGCAGCGACCUGGGGCUGGUGGGCGACGCAACUGGAGACACGCUGGAGAAGUUUGUGGAGGGAUUGUAGCAUUUUUUACUGGGAGCUAAAGAACUCUCACUCCCAGGAACCCAUCCUCAGACUCCUCCCCCAGUUUUCUCUGACUCAUCCCUUUAGAGGGCUCGUUUGUUCUUUCUAAGGUGGAGAAACGUGUUUUUGUUUUGGGGUUUUUUUGUACUGAUGUGUAAAAAGUUUCAGCUGUUCUGCUCAAGAAAAAAAGUGAACACUUUGUGGUAAUGUACAUGUUUCCUACCCCCAGAUGGUGGAGAUUUCUUCCUGGAGACAUUGAGGGAUUUGCAAAUCUCUUCUUAAAUAAAACAAAAUCACAAAGAAUAUAUUUUUGGUUGAGACCAAAUGUGUUCAGUACUUCAGUUUGUUUCUGGUUUUUGGAGUGGUUUCAUGCCUUUCUCUCUUAAUUUCUUUUUUUUUUUUUUAAGAAAAUGUACAAUUGCAUUAUAUCAUUCAUAUCUUUAUUUUGUACCUUUGGAGAAAGAAAACGUAAAUCGUUUUGUGUUUAAACUGUAAAAAUAUUUGUCUGAGAAUUGGGCCAGGUUUUUUUUUUUUUUUCUCUUAAGCUGUCAUUCCUGGCGAUUGUAAUCUAGUAUUGAACCAUUUCUGCAAGACGAUGCGUUCAGGGACGACGACUGCCCCUCUUACGUUUUUGUGUGUAUGAAGAGCACUCGGUGGUAUUAAAGUAGGAAAUGUCCUGCAGCAGGUUGUGCGCGCACGCACACACACACAGGCAUGUAUGUGCACACACACGAAGACACUGAUCAAUCCUCACAGUCACUAAGACGCAUCCAGCUUUCUGUGGAUUCAAAAGUUCGGUUUGAAAAGUUCUGUCUUGCUGGUGUAGAAACUUGUUGCUUUGACAUUAAAAGGAAUUUGUCAGACCUUUUUUGUCACACAAAUGUAAAGUGUAAAGAGAGUGUGAGAAAGAGACCAGCCCCCUAAGCUGCGGCGGAUUGAAAACCAGUUGUCUGUAGAACCCGUCUCCCGGCCGGUCCCCUUCCUUUUACACUAAAGUUUUGAUCUUCGGAGGGAUGAAGCGCACAUUUGAGAAAAGCUAAACGUCAUUCACCCUCAUUCCUCUCACAGAAACUUGAAUUGGGGGGGGAUUUACCUUUUCUCCUGUUGUAAAUCAACUUAUUAAGCAAAAUGCUAUAAAUAUAAGGAAGAGAGAAUGAAAUCACUGUACAAACUGGUAAAAGAUUCAUUUCUUACUUAUAUACCAUAUUGUUAAAUAAACCGUGUUCAGCAGAAGAACUUCAGUACUCUGUUGGCUGAAUGAGGCAAUA